CUGAUUAUUUUGUUGUGUUUUGUUGUUAUUUUGUUGUAAUCUUCUUAUACUUUAAUUUCCUUUUAUUUGAACAACAAUAAAUAUAAAAAUCAUAUUAAUAGAGCACCUACCGAGUCUACCGACUAGUUAUUUUUAUUGUGUCAGAUAACAGCUAUAAAUCAGCGGCCAUUUUGUCACUUUCCCGCGCUUUCUCAAGAUGGCAAGGUGUGCGACACAGCCGGCAUGGCGUGCAUCGGUCGCAACGUGGAGAUCCUCAUCAAUCUGCCCAAGAACCUGGCCAAAUGCUCCUGCCUGCCUCAGUGUGCCGAGCUCAACUACUAUUCUCACACAAAGAAGAUCGUUAUUCGUUUUACCUUUGGGCCUGGACGUUGGUAUUGCGGGCGCUGCCGCCUAUAUGUUUUUGAGGCUCCGGCCGCCAAGCCCGGACAGUGUGAAGAGGAUCUUCGGCCCGGAUCCCUGGAGCAAGGAGGGGCAGCAGCAGCCUGAGGCCCUGGUCCAGUGUAUAGCGCAUAGAGGCGCGGGGUUGGAUGCUCCGGAGAACACUUUGGAGGCUUUUAAAUAUUGUGUAGAGAACCAAUGCCGCUUUGUAGAGUUUGACGUGCGAAUGUCCCGAGAUGGACAGCUGGUGUUACUCCAUGACAAAGGGCUGGCCCGCCUUGCUGACUGUGAUCUGUCUGACAUGAGUGACGUGAGUGCUAUGGACUGGGACAUGAUCAAGGAUAUUGAUGUGGGCGCUACACAUCCUAAUAGGAGUCAGUUCAAGGAGGUGCGACUCUGCCGCCUGGACGCGGCGCUGGACUACCUGCUGGAGAACAACGUGCGCAUGAUCAUAGACGUCAAGGGGGAUCACAUGGAGAUAGUGACCGCCAUUGUGGACACAUUUGCUCGAAGACCGGAACUGCACAAGCACGCCGCCGUCACUUGCUUCAACCCGUAUAUACUGUACCAGAUCCGCCGCCGAGACCCCGACAUCGUGGGGUGCCUGAGCUACCGGCCCGCGUGCUUCAGCGCACAAGAUUAUGACGCGGAGAGCGGACCUACUAACCCCAGGUUCCCGGACAACCGCCCCCUGCACUGGCUGGCGCUGUUAGCCGACGCGGCGCACGCGGCGCUGUGGCGUGUCGCGGCCAGUGGCUGUGGCGUCGGCGCGGUGUUGCUGCAUAAGGAUAUUGUUAACAGUGCGGAGAUAGCCUACUGGCGCGCGCGCUCAGUCCGCGUGGUCGGCUGGAGUGUGAACCGCCCUUUAGAGAAGCUGUACUGGCGAGGAGUGAUGCGAGCCCCCUACCUGGCCAACACGCUCGUGCGCGAGCCCGCCCCGCUUUCACUGAAGGAGAAGAAAUCUAGGGAGUCAUCGGAAAGAGAACUUAGCGAAGAGAAAAACUAAAAUAGACAGUGGGGUUACCACCACCGAACAUCAUAAAUUAACAAUCCUUAAGCAGCUUCGCUGGCUUGUCGAAUCUGACGUAACUUGUAUGGAUCUGACAUAUGUUUGACAGGUGCGCGACGCUGCUUAUGGACUGUGAAUUCGUAACGUGUCGGUGGUGGUACGGUAGCAGGUAAGCAUCUGACAAAGGCCUCGACGUCACUCUGCCCUCGGCUUUCCUCAACUCGCCUCUAGGCAUCAGUGAGUUGGAAGUAAAAGGGAGUGAUUUUAUUUUUGCCUGACAACGAUUGUAAGUAUUUUAUUUUAUAUUGUGAUGCGUAAAUGGCCAAAUUCAUGAUUGGCCCAAAAAGUUUGCAAGUUUUUUUAUUUUCUAAAAUUUCUUAUACACAAAUGAUAAGAAUAGACAAUUUGUAAACCCAUAAUUAUUUAUGUGUCACCUACCUUUGCAAAAGUGGUAUGGUCAUCGAGAACAAAUUUUUUAUACGAAUUUUUUAUACCACUUUUUAUUGAACACCAUGUAUAAUUUGAUAAGGUGCUGGCAGUGUGAUAAAUCCUUGAUUUCAGCCUUUUUAAGGUCACACAUAUCAACUCGGAAAGGGAUCGUGACAGUAUAACCUCUAUUCUUUGUAUGAAACUCCCUAAACCUCACCCCGGGACAAGCUUGGGUGAAAGGCGAUACGGUGACGAUCCGUUUACGCUACGUUUAUGUGUGCUGUGACCUUCUGCCUAGAAACCAAAACCUUCCUACUUUAUGGCAGCAUAAUACCUAAGUUAAGUAAAUUAUUUAAAUGUACCUACACAUUCCAAACCCAUUUUUAGGUUUUCAUUAAACCUAUUGUUCAUAUUUUUAAAUGUUUUACCAUUUUCCUAGUCAUUAUGUAAUCAAAGCAGUAACAAAUUAUUUUAUUUAUUAGAGGAUUUUCAAUACUCUUUUUAAAUUUAUUAUGGUACCUAAAUAAAGGUACGGUGAGCUUUAUUAUUAUCUGAACGCUAACUUAAGAAACUUUUUAUGACAGUCACAAACUGCUCAGAAAGGCUUUCCCCGUGCAA